AUGAGAUUAGUGAACGUGUUGGUUGGUUUUAUUGCAGCAUUGGCAGCUGGGGCAGCCGUUGAUCCUCUUGACGAAAGAUUUGCUAAGAUUGAUAAGGUGCAGUUUGAAAGCCAGGCACAGAUGUUGACUUUACAAAAGGAACAUCCAAGAUUAUGUGUUAUCAAUAUGAACGGAAUUAAAUGGAUUGUGUUUGACUUCCUUGACGUUCUUCCAGAAGAGCUUCACCAGGAAGCCAAAGAAGCCAUUAUAGCUGCUGCACAACCGUAA